GGUGAAGACGCUUAUAAAUAUAGGGUUAUGUUAGUUUACUUAGUGUGUGAGAGAGUGAGAUUUUAGAGAGAGUUUUAAGCUUAGCAAAGUUAGUGUGUGUACUCUUUUAAGCCUUUACAAAGGCAUAUUGUGUAAUAUAAUCUCUCUGUGUGUGUACUCUCUCCCUCCAAAUCCUUUUGGUUCCAACACAGCUCAACUCGAUCGGCGAAUUUAGUUACCUCCGAUUGGGCUGGGACGUGAUUCGGUUCUGAUCGGCUAGAGGUCCAUGUCGAAACUGCAGUGGCGAUCGAUUCCCUGAAUUCAGCUCGCUUGAUCAGGCUAGAUAGUAACGGCUCGAUGUUGCUAAGGAUUUCGAUUUCGACUGUCCUCGCGGACUGUUCUGUUCUGUGGUUUCGGUUGUUGUGUUUCCCGCGAUUGAGCUUGUUCUGAGUGGAUUAGGCCAUGCCCUGAUUGAUGAUGGGAUUGUUUGACAGGUAAUGCUGUAUGACGGCAGCGACCAGCUGUUGGAAUGCAGGAUCUUGAAGAAUGACGAAGUUGUUCGCUCCAGUGAGACGCUGACGUUCAAUGCUUAUUUGGUUGAUGUUGGAGAGCCUGAAGGAGGGCAAAAGCCUCUCGAUGAUACUUAUGCUUGCAGCCGAGAAAAUAAAGUUCCUAAGCGAACAAAUCUGCUUCACAGAAACAAGUUCGUCAAUGUAUCUGAUUGUGCCGGAGAUGAGAAGACCAUAGUAGAGAAGCAUAAACAGCAGACGCUCAGCCUAAGCCCAUCACAGAAGAUUAUUAGAGAAUUCAAGAAGAAUGAAAUGAACAGGUAUGGCAUAUUGCAGGCAAGUCCGAACUCAAGGACAUCAAGUACGACAGAUUGGCAUGUCUUGUAUACAACACAAUUAACUCAAAAGUCAAAGAAAUAUCAUGAUGGCUUCUUGUGUUGUACAAGCAGUGGAUCUAUCACUAGGCAGGUUUUCUUGUAUGAUACGAGCUGGAAACUUCUAGAUAGUAGGUUCCUGAACAAAGCUGAAGAAGUAAGCCCUGGGGAGAUGAUGGAAUUUCCUGGUCAUCUGGUUGAAGUUGGCAAUCGUGAAGCAAACCAUGAAUCUUUGAGGGAACUGAAUCUAAAUGCAAGUGGAAACAGCUUGAGUUCUCCUCACAAAUUAUAUAUGCAAAAGCAGCAGCAUAAUGUUACCACCGUUAAAUCUGCUGUAAAAGUACUCUUUCAGAAGAAAAAAAUGGCCAGAUGCAUCAGAAGGGGGCAAAGGGGAGUACAAUUGGGCAUAACAGAAUGGCAGGUUUUGUACACAACACAAGUAACUCAAAAGGCCAAGAAAUACCAUGAUGGUUUUCUGCAGCUUGAAGUUUGCGGAUCCCUAGGGAGGCAGGUCACACUGUAUGAUGCUAGUAGGAACAUCUUGGUGAAUAAAUUUCUUAGGAGAGAUGAAGUGUUGGGAACUGGAAAAUCUCUGGUGUUCGAUUCUCACUUGGUUGAUAUUGGGGAGCAUGUGGUGAAAGAAAAGGGGCCAAUGGGUUUGAAUGAUUGUGAACCAUGUCGUGCUGCUGGAGAAAUGAGGACAGGCCAUGGGGAGGUGGAUGGUGCUAAAGUUGAUCAAUCAAUCCUGGGAGUACCCUGGCAUAAACAUGGAGACAAAACUUUGGGGAAGGUCCAUCCAGCGAGAGAUUUGGAUUCAAACAGUGGAAUAUCUGGUAUGAAAAGCACAGAUUGCAUCAGGAGAGUUUCCGAGACCAAGCCUCUACGUGAUGCCUGUCAAAUACUAUCUGUACUGCGAAAACCAUUAGAUCAAGUUGCCAUUGCUGAAAAUUCAUACGAAAGGAAGGCAACUUUUGCUUCCCUAACAAAGGAGCUUCAGGAUCCAGAUAAGUUUUGUGAUGGAGCUCAAAGACAAAGAGCACCAGCUCCUGAGCUGGCUUCGGUGGAGAAUGUCGACACUGGAAAUCUGACUGAUGCCACCAACAAUGAAAAGUUACCUGGUCUAAUGAAGUCUAAAGAAUUAGCCUCUGAAUUCAAUGAAUCUUACUUGACGGGGGACUUUGCAAUUGGCAACUCACAGCCUUCUCAUGGGCAAGCUGAACCCAAGUGCUGCAGCGACAAUCUUGUUUCUGAAGCAUUGCUUUCACACGGUUCUCACAGCGAUGCUAGUGAUAAAAGAAUGGACCCUGAAGGAGAUAGAGAUCCAUUGAAAGUGAAGGCUGAGUGUCCCAGUUUUGAUCUUGGAUUUUGAACCAUAUCCAUUGCUCAAUCAACAAUAUUGCUACUGUCAAGCAUCUGGAUGGAGUGUGCAAGAAUCUUCUGCCUGUCACAUAUGAAAUCUGUACAGUUGAGCUCCUGUUUUUAUGUGGAGCAUUCUGGUGCCAAAUUCAUUUGCAGCUGUCUGAUCUGAAAAGUUUUUAGUUAUACGACAUAAUCAAUGUAUUUCCAGUGAUCUUCAACAUAUUUAGGUACAUGUUUGAUGCAAAGAAACUCAUAUGUGGGUCUAUCUGGUUUCCUUUAUCUCUUCUUAUUUCUCGUCCAGGAACUUGUACAACUUGCUGUCCUU